CUACAUCUCAAAAUGAUACAAAAUGUUACGGAUGGGAUGGCCAAUAUACUUCAAACUUCAGAAAAAGUUCGUGGCUGGAAAUUGGUUCAAAAAACGGUUCCGCGAAUAAUCGAAUAUGGUCGAUCAGAGGGUAUUCUACAAGUUAAUGUUCAAUCAAAUGCAUUUAAUAUAUCUGGAAUAGUAAUAGCUGCACAAGAAGAAGCUCACACUCAAAAAGAACCGAAAUCGGGUGACAAAGUCAACUUGCCAACAAAUGAUAUAACCACAAUGCAUGAGGCAAUACCAUUUCUUCCUGUUCCAGUUGCAAUUACAUGCUUAUUAUUCAAUAUUUUCAUACCCGGUUCUGGUACGAUAUUAUCCGGAUUCUUUGCAUUAUGCAUGGGACAGCCUCGAAUUAACUUGAAAGAGGGACGAAAACUUAUAACUCUUGUAGUUAAUUUAUUGGUUGGAAUAUCACAGUUUUUUACGAUAACAUUUCUGUUUGUUGGAUGGUUUUGGUCAAUUGCGUGGGGAGGAUUGUUGAUUAUUCAUUCAAUGCAAUACCGUGAAGCACUUCAACAACGUCGACAAGAAGCUGUAGCUACAGCUGCCAUUGAAGCACUUACCAAAGAUUCAAUCCUUCACAGAAGAGAUGUCAAGACACUUGUUAAAUCUCACAAAAAAUCGAAAAAAUAGACCAUUUACGGUUAAUAAAUAAAUGUCAUUUUGGCUUGAAAUAAAAACUCGGAUCCCGGA